AUGAAGACGACGACAAUGACGGUGAAGAUGCUGGCCCUGUGCUUGGUUCUUGCUAAGUCAGCCUGGACCGAGGAGCAGGAUAAAGUGGUACAUGGUGUCCCCUGUAUGAAGAACUCUCACCCUUUCCAAGCUGCCCUCUACACCUCGGGUCACUUGCUGUGUGGUGGGGUCCUCAUUGAUCCACAGUGGGUGCUCACAGCUGCCCACUGCAAAAAACCGAAUCUGGAGGUGCACUUGGGGAAACAUAACUUACGGCAAACAGAGAGCUUCCAAAGGCGUAUCUCUGUGGAUCGGACAAUUGUCCACCCCCGAUACAACCCUGACACCCAUGACAAUGACAUCAUGAUGCUGCAUCUGAGAAAUCCAGUCAAAUUCUCUCGAAAGAUCAUGCCUCUGCCCUUGAAGAAAGACUGCUCGAAGGAGAAUCCAAGCUGUCAGAUCCUGGGCUGGGGCAAGACAGAAAACGGUGACUUCCCAGACACCCUUCAGUGUGCUGAUGUCCAACUGGUGUCCCGGGAUGAGUGUGAGCGUGCCUACCCUGGUAAGAUCACCCGAAACAUGGUGUGCGCGGGCAACAAGAAAGAAGGGAAUGAUUCCUGCCAGGGUGAUUCUGGAGGUCCCCUGGUAUGUGGAGAUCGUCUCCGAGGUCUUGUGUCAUGGGGUGACUUGCCCUGUGGAUCAAAGAAGAAGCCGGGAGUUUACACUGAUGUUUGUUCCUACACCAGAUGGAUCCAAAACAUCAUAAAAAACAAGUGGCUCUGA